AUGGUAAAGCUGGUCGAUGGGUCAUCAGGUGGUGGCUCAAUCACCACUUACAAGACCGACAACGGCUCGUUCCUCCCCGAGAUCGAACUCCUUCCUUUCAUGGUUCGCCAACUGAAUCUUGGAAUAUCUAAUUGUGCUGCGGUGGUAGGGCCUGCUGUGGGUCUUGGUGCUGCGAGAGCUGCAGUUUGCCAUUUCAGUGUCAUGGUUGGAGAUAUUGGUGCUUUGUUCAAUGCUGGUCCCAAAAUCGUUGAAGGCACCACUUUUGAAGAAGGUUUUAAGGUCCAUCUUGGAGGACCAAGCAUUCAUUGUGGCAAUGGAGUUGUCGAUAACUACGCCCCAAACGAGAAAGGAUGCUAUGACCAAGUCGCACAGUUUCUCACAUACGUUCCUAAUCAUGGAGGGAUCCUGCCCCCGGUAACGUCCUCGAGUAAUGCUAUCGAUCGAGAUUGUUCUAGCCUACGAUCGUCGAUUCCGCGGCGACGUCAGCGGAUGUACCAAGUCAGAACGAUCAUUCGUUCAAUUGUGGACAAAUACUCUUUCUUUGAGAUUGGGCCUCACUGGGGACGGAGUGUCGUGGUCGGCCUUGCGCGGAUGAAUGGUCGACCUGUGGGAAUUGUUGUCAAUAAUUGCAUGGUCAACGCCGGAGCUAUGGACGCUGCGGGAUGUCAGAAACUAUCCAAGCAUCUAAGACUCUGUGACGUGAUGGGCCUACCAUUGGUCCAGCUGAUCGAUAUCCCUGGGUUCGCAAUCGGGACUGCUGCAGAGGAGUCCAGAGUUAUGAAAUGGGCUAUGGACUUGUGUAAAACAUAUUUCACUAACACGAUAUCUAUCUUCUCCGUAAUCAUGCGACGUUGCUACGGCGUUGGAGGGGUGAUUCUGAUCGACAAUCGGGAGUCAAACUGUCGAGUUGCUUGGCCAAGUCUCAACUCUGGCUCUGUGCCUCUGGAUGGAGGCAUAGAAGAUCUCAGAAAGGUUAGAGACAAGGCCCAAGAGUUAUAUAAGCACCUUGAGGCUGAGUAUACAAACCUUCAACAUCCACUGCGGGUGUCCAGCAAGUUCGGCGUCGAAGAGGUCAUCGAUCAAGCACACACACGCAUAAUUGAUACUCUCAAGGAAAGGUUGCAAGAACGCUCAGCUGGGAAGAUCAAGCCAUCCUUUCGCUAG